AUGGAGGUGUUCAUCCACGAGGACUACGUGAACAAACGCAGCGAGGUGAGGAGGGAGCAGAGGCGGCGGCAGCUGCAGAUGCUGCGGGUGGAGGGCAACCCCGACGCCGCGUCCCGGCAGGCGCUGCUGGCAAGCCGGGAGAGCCCGAGGGCGCCGGCUCAGUGCCUGACGCCAACCGGCGCGUCGCCGUCCAGCGUCAGAUCCCCAACUGCGAGCGCGCUGCAGUCGCCGGCCGCAGCAGCGGCGGGGGAGGCUGCUGUUGGUUGGCCGUCGGAGCAUCGCCGCCUCUACGACUGCCUCAAGCCGUACUAG